AAUGUGAGCUGUGGUCCAGGCCAGAGGAGUUUCAGGUGGGGUUAGGAAGUGCCCGCUCACUCUACUUUGAAAGCUUUGUAAAUGCCGAACAAGAAGAUGGUGUGGUUGACUCUGGAGAAGUGAAAAGCAACAACCUGGAUGUGGAGGUUGCUGAGUCAGAAUUGAAAACUGAAGAAAAAGGAGCAGAAGAAGCAUCCAUGAGGGAGUCCGAUAGCAACAUUUUGGAUGUAUCAUCUGAUUAUCCGAGAGAGAAACAUAUUUCAAUUCUAAGAGAUUUUGCUGAUCUAGAAAAACUAGCAAACAUCAAAGAAGGUGUGUUUACCAUGUCAGGCUCCAAGAACACAGAUCUUCAUGUUACAGAUGAAAAGAAGCCUUGUCCAUUGUGUUCUGAGGAGAAAUACAAAGCUUGCUAUACUCAUAAACUUUAUCGUCACCUUCAGAAUUUUCAUUGGAAAGUUUCUGUUGAAUUUGAAGGGUACAGAAUGUGCAUCUGUUAUUUACCUUGUCAUCCAGUAAAACCAAACCUCAUCGGAAACCAGACAUUUUCAAAGCCAGGAGCCCAUUACCAUUGUAUUAUCUGUUCAGCAACCAUCGCAAGAAGAACUGACAUGAUAAGUCAUAUUAAUCGUCAUGUGAAUAAAGGAGAAACUGAAUCAAGGUUUAUUACAGCUCCUAUUUCAAAGUCUUCUCUUGAAGUGCUGAAGGAGUCGGCCACAGAUGUGCGGGUUCUUCCGAACUACUCCACACCUCAGAAAACAGAUUCCUAUUUUAAUCCUAAAAUGAAACUGAACAGGCAAUUGAUAUUCUGUGCACUAGCUGCUCUAGCUGAGGAACGUAACCCGAUAGAAUGUUUGGAUGCUUUUGGUGCCACUGGUAUAAUGGGAUUACAGUGGGCAAAGCAUCUCCGAAGUUCUGUGAGAGUUACGAUUAACGAUUGUAAUGAGAAUUCGGUGGCAAUGAUUCGGGAAAACUGCCUUUUAAACCAAAUGAAGGUGAAGCUGGACACUAAGGAAGAAGACAAUGGUGAAGCUAUGGGAGAUGCAGAAGACAUCACCGUUGAGGUGACAAAAAUGGAUGCCAAUGUUAUAAUGCAUUUGAGAUCCUUUGAUUUUAUCCAUUUGGAUCCCUAUGGAACUUCUGUGAACUAUCUGGAUUCUGCCUUUAGAAAUGUGAGAAACCUUGGAAUUGUGUCGCUGACGUCCACAGACAUCAGUUCUCUGUAUGCGAAGGCUCAACAUGUUGCCCUGCGUCACUACGGAUGUAAUAUUGUCAGGACAGAGUACUACAAAGAGCUGGCAGCCAGAAUAGUCAUCGCUGCUGUGACGAGAGCUGCAGCUCGCUGUAACAAAGGCAUUGAAGUUUUACUCGCAGUAGCUCUAGAACAUUUUGUUCUAGUAGUGGUCAGAGUUUUAAGGGGACCGUCCCCUGCGGAUGAUUCAGCAAAGAAAGUAAGAUACCUCAUCCACUGCCAGUGGUGCGAAGAGAGAAUUUUUCAGAAAGAGGGUAAUAUGGUAGAAGAAAACCCUUAUCAGCAGCUGCCUUGUGAUUGUCAUGGCAGUAUGCCUGGGAAGACAGCAGUAGCUCUUGGUCCUCUCUGGUCAGGAGCCCUCUUUAAUGCUGGAUUCCUCAGAAGAAUGUAUUUGGAGGCUGUCCAGUAUGGUUUGGAGGAAACUCAGUCACUUUUGAAGACUUUAGUUUGUGAAGCUGAGUGCACAAAACAUUCCUCUAUCCACACUGCUCAUGAUGAGAGCAAACAAGAAGAGUGCGGCGUAUAUAUUAAAACACUAAGUAAUUCUCCAGAAUGCUUCCUGGUACAUG